AUGCCAAGCACGAUCAUAAUAACACCCCAGAUCGAGGAGGGUGGUUUGGUUGAGAAGGAAUUUGAUAGAGAUAAGCUUCUUGAACUAUUGCAAAAUCUAUGUUUUAAUUUGGAUACUGAUCAUUUAGAAUUAGAAGCUGUCGUGUCCGAUAUUGCCCGAGGGUUGCCUGAUCGAAUUGAAAUUGAAAAAUUAUAUGAGUUCGUGGCGGAGGCAUUGGCCAGUAGGAUAGUAUAUCAUCCAGAUUAUGCUAUCCUUGCCGGUAGGAUCGAGAUCAAGAAAUUUGAUAGCAUUGUUCCAUACACAUUCAGUGAAAAUGUCAAACGACUCCAAGCAUACCGUCAUCCUCGAGUUAAAAACAGACCGUACUCUAUGUUAUCUGAGAAAUAUUGUGAUGUUGUGAUGAAGCAUGCAGCGUUCUUUGAUGAAGUGAUUGAUAAAUCGCGAGACAACGAAUUGACAUAUUUUGGAAUCAAGACAUUAGAGAAUUCAUAUUUACUCCAGAUGAAUAAUCAAAUCGCCGAAACUCCACAAUACUUGUUCUUGCGUGUUGCCAUUGGAAUUCACUUUGAUGAUCUUGAAUCUGUAGUGGAGACAUAUGACUUGAUGUCGCAAAAGUACCUCAUUCAUGCUUCCCCCACAUUAUACAACUCCGGCACCGAGUUCAAUUACUUGUCGUCUUGUUUCCUCCUUGCCGUCAAAGAAGACUCCAUCGAUGGAAUCUACAAGACUCUACACCAAGCAGCACUCAUAUCCAAAGCUUCAGGCGGGAUAGGUAUACACAUGCACGACGUCAGAGCCAACGGUUCAUUUAUAGCAAGCACAAGUGGGAUUUCCAACGGGUUGGUUCCAAUGUUAAGGGUAUUCAAUAAUACUGCAAGAUAUGUUGACCAAGGAGGCGGGAAACGGCCAGGUGCAUUUGCAAUGUAUAUUGAGCCAUGGCAUGCUGAUAUUUUCGAUAUACUUGACAUGAGAAAGAAUCAUGGUAAUGAAGAACAAAGAACACGAGACUUGUUUUAUGGAUUGUGGGUUCCUGACUUAUUUAUGAAACGAGUCAAAGAAGACAAGGAAUGGUCAUUAUUUUCUCCCGACGAAGCACCUGGAUUAAGUGAUGUAUAUGGGGAUGAGUUUGUGGAAUUGUAUGAAAAGUACGAACGUGAAGGGUUGGCAAUUUCUACAAUCAAGGCGCACAAGUUAUGGUUGGCUAUAUUGGAAUCGCAAACGGAAACCGGGGUGCCAUAUAUGCUCUAUAAAGAUGCUUGUAAUUCCAAAUCUAACCAAAAGAAUUUGGGGACCAUCAAAUGUUCAAAUCUUUGUUGUGAAAUCAUUCAAUAUUCCUCGCCUGAAGAAACUGCAGUUUGUAAUAUCGGCUCAUUAGCAUUGCCUUCAUACUUGAAGACAGCCGAGAACCGUGCUGGCGAAGAAGUAUUGGAAUUUGAUUUUGUUAAACUACACAAAGUUGCCAAGGUGCUAGUUAAGAAUCUAAACAAGGUUAUUGAUGUUACUAGAUAUCCAGUACCGUCAGCCGAACUCUCUAACAAGAAACAUAGACCAAUAGCCAUUGGAGUACAGGGUCUUGCUGACUUGUUCCUCGAGUUACGACUUCCAUUUGAUUCGCCUCAAGCCAAGCACUUAAACAUGCAAAUUUUCGAAACUAUAUAUCACGCCGCAAUUGAACAAUCUACUGAACUUGCAUUCCAAGAAGGUCCCUAUGAAUCAUUCGAAGGCUCUCCUGCAUCACAGGGUCUUCUCCAAUUUGACUUGUGGAACCAUAAACCAUCACCAUUGUAUGAUGACUGGGACACAUUAAAGGAAAAUAUCAAAAAUUUCGGAUUGAGAAACUCCCUCCUUGUUGGGCCCAUGCCUACUGCAUCCACAUCGCAAAUCCUUGGGUUCAAUGAGUGUUUUGAACCAUACACUUCAAACAUAUACACUCGUCGGGUACUCUCAGGCGAAUUCCAAGUCGUUAACAAGUACUUGAUUAAGGAUUUGAUUGAUUUGGGAAUUUGGAAUUCCAGCAUGAGAAACAAGAUCAUUAUGGAGAAUGGGUCAAUUCAGAACAUUGCCAGUAUUCCACAGGAAAUCAAGGACUUGUAUAAGACAGUUUGGGAGAUAAGUCAACGAGUCAUAAUUGAUAUGGCUGCUGACCGUGGGAAAUUUGUUGAUCAGCUGCAAAGUAUGAACAUCUAUUUAAAACAACCCACGUUUGGAAAAUUAACCAGUUGUCAUUUCUAUGCUUGGGAAAAGGGGUUGAAAACAGGGAUGUAUUAUUUAAGAACUCAAGCUGCAACACGAGCUAUUCAAUUUACGGUUGAUGCAGAAGAAGCCAGCAAGGUAGACAACGUUGAAGUAAGCCCAAGCACACUUAAGCGAAAGAAGUAUUUGGAAAUUGAUCAUGUUCUGCUCAAAAGAAAACGAGAAGCAUAUGUGACUCCCGAUUCCCAAUCCCGGGAAGACCCCACGGAUAUUUAUGAUUCAACCCCGCUUGUUUGUGAUAUUGUCGAGACUGGAAGUUGUCAAUCGUGUUCGGGAUAA